AUUCGUAUUUCUUAAUUCUUGUAGAAAAUAAAAAUUAAUUUAUAUACUAUUUUGUGACUUUGUGUGUUCACGGUCCACCAUCCCCAAAUCUUUUUUUUAAGUUUUAAUACACAUAAAUACAAAUAUAAUCAAAUUUGUAUCGUUUAAUAAUUAUUAAUGUGGUUUGGCAAUUAGAUAUAAACAAAGUCUGUCAAGAUGUUUGGAUUUCGAUUUCAUUUUGUACGCAGAUUCUUCAGAAGAAUUAUGAAUCCAAUGACUGUUGAAGAAGCUGAAGCUAAAAAAGCUGUACUCGCAAAGGCAUACUUCUUUUUAAGUUUAACAGCAUUUAUUUCUGUAUUAUACCAAGUGAAGCAAGGUCGCCUUGAUUGGGUAGUAUCCGAAGGAUUAGUUCCAGACGAUGAAUCAAAACUCUCACCUGCUUUUCAGUAUGCUAGAAUGCUAGGUGUUGAAAAGGCUACUGUUAUCAGAAUUAAAGGUGCUAAUGUUAUGGGUACUAAAGAGUAUGAUAAAGAAUCAUUUGAUCCAACUCAACAUGUACUUGAAGAAGAAAGUUCUUCAAAAGAUCCCGAAAGAAAAUUUUUACAAUUUUAAUUUGUAUUACAAACUAAAAUCUAGUCUACACAAUUAUUGAAAUUUAUACAAAA